CAAAGGACGAACCCGUCUUUUCGCCUCAGCUUUCAAGGUAGAGAGACUGGCACCGUGUACAUCAAGCCAUUCGGUGAUAUCACUGAGAGGUCACAGUUUUACAGCUCUCUGCAAUUAUAUAGUGAACACAGCUGGUGGACAUUGAACCAAGGUGGACUCAUAGUAAACUCAAGGAUGUCUGGAGAUCUGUCCCUGGACAUUAACAUCAAGGAGCCGCGAUGGGACCAGAGCACAUUCAUGGGCCGCGCCCAGCACUUCUUUUUCGUCACCGACCCCAGGAACAUCCUCAAGUCCUCUAAGACACUGGAGGAUGCACGGGUCACUGUGGAGAACUACAGGUUAGGAGUGGUGAGGCCAGGUCUGACAGAAGAUGAGCUGUGGAGAGCCAAGUACAUCUAUGACUCUGCCUUCCACCCUGACACGGGAGAGAAGAUGGUGGUGGUGGGACGCAUGUCUGCCCAGGUCCCCAUGAACAUGACCAUCACCGGCUGUAUGCUCACAUUCUACAGGACGACUCCAGCGGUGGUGUUCUGGCAGUGGGUGAACCAGUCCUUCAACGCUGUGGUCAACUACACCAACCGCAGUGGAGACGCUGCCCUCACCACCAAUCAGCUGGCUGCAGCGUACGUCAGUGCGACCACCGGAGCCGUAGUCACAGCCCUGGGACUCAAGUCUCUAGCCAAGCGCCUUCCAGCCGUCAUGAGCCGGUUCGUCCCCUUCUUUGCUGUAGCUGCUGCCAACUGUAUCAACAUCCCCUUCAUGAGGCAGAGGGAGCUGAAGUACGGCAUCCCAGUGACCGAUGAAAAUGGAAACCGGUUAGGGGAGUCAGUCACCGCUGCCAAGUCGGGCAUCAUUCAGGUGGUGGUGUCCAGGAUUGGCAUGGCCGUGCCAGCUAUGGCUAUCCCCCCUGUGAUCAUGAACGCCCUGGAGAAGAAAGCCUUUAUGAAGCGGUUCCCAGUCCUAAAUGCUCCAGUACAGGUGGGACUGGUGGGUCUGUGCCUGGUGUUUGCUACUCCUCUGUGCUGCGCCCUGUUCCCACAGAAGAGUUCUAUGACUGUGAGCAGCCUGGAGCCAGAUCUGCAGGAGAGAAUACGACAGAACAGUCCCCACACUACUACCGUCUUCUUCAACAAAGGCCUGUAGGACCACACACACCACAGACCAGCCCCCUCUGCUGGCUGGACCCUGCUAGUACAGCUCAGCGGGCAAAGAGAAUAUUAUAUUUAUGCUUAUUUUUGUAUUUACCUGUUUGUUUACUGUAAUGUUUGUUAUAGGCUUUAGGAUUUGGUUAUGGUGAGGGGUGUGUCUGAAUGAUUGAUUAAGGGGGAGCCUACCCGUCAGGUUUUUGUCAUCAUUGUAGAUGAAGGAAAGGAGACGAGGAUGCACCUGAGGUGAGAGUAGCGUGACAGACAGACUAUGGUUUAAUUUGGGUUUAGUCUGGUGUAUUUUUCCUUCCUGGGGUUGUGGCUGUUUAGUUACUGACUACGGUGAAUGUCACACACAGAAUGACAAUCUACUUCCAUCACCACUAACUACAUACAUGUCACCUCUUGUAUUUGACCCCAGAGUUUUUUAGUUUUUUUUCCUCCCCAAAGUGUGUUGUUAUUUAUUGCCCUUGUGUUUGAGAUUGUACCCCUUUGAGCUGUGUGCACUGAAACCCAUUCAUGACUUAAAAUGAGAAAAUAGUCAAAUGUAAUCUGCUAGAUAUCCACUCCCUCAAAUUGCCUUAACUGUAGUCUAGUACAGGUAGUGAAGGAUUAGCAGUUGGUAUGAGCACAUUAGACUGACCUGUUAUGGAAUUACUUUUUGGGUCUACCAGGGUUUUGUCUUUUGUUGCAAAAUGUUUUGCUUCAGUGAGUGUGCCCCAAUGAACAGGACGAGCACAGUUUCUAUCUCCCUUGGAAGUGUACUUGCACACACGCUGUCCCACCUCAACCGCUCUCAGCCUAGUGCACUGGGAACCCUGUGUGUUUGUUAUCAAGAAAACUUUAGAGGUGCAAUGACACUGCAUGAGCAUUCCUAAAUUAGAUUUCAGUAAGCACAUCCCCAAUAGCACUGAUGACAAUGAUAAGGCAGAAUAAAGGUUUCUAUAGGACCGGAUCAAAGGCUUAAUGUUUCAGCCUCAUAUCAAGGCCUCUCUUGAUUUGGAAACACUAUGGAUGAAUUUGGAUCGUGUCUGUGCAGUUUCAACGGAACUCAUGAAUGAUUGUUGGUGAAAUUUGUGCUGUGUGUCACUAUUGCCAUUGAAGGGGAAUGUACUGUAUUGUCUAAAUGUUAAAGGAAUUGUAUCUAUGUUUUGUCCUAACCACCCUGCCAUAGUCCUCCUGUCAGUUUGUGACGCUUAUUGUCUCUUUAGUCAUUCGUCUGUUACAGAGAAGAAGAGUUAACUUGCAGUGGUGACCUAGAUGUGUGGUGGGGCCAACUUAUGCAAUAAGAGGCAAGGGAGUAAAUAUGAAUCCCAGUCUGUUAGCUUUAGAUUAAUUGUGUUGUGGUGAUGUGUACCAAAUAUCGUUUUGUUGUCAUAAAACAAAGUUGUGAGAACCAGGGGUCUUAAACUACAGGCCCGCUGACCAAAUGUGUCUCCCAAGCUAUUAUAAUGUGGCCCGUGGUUGUCUUUAGCUAAUGCAGCCCAUGGUCAUGAAGGGAUACAGUGAGAUUCUGGCAUUUUCCACUUACCCAGAUUCUGAUUAACUCAUGGAUACCAGGUGUAUGUCUCUACAUGCAGUGUGAAGGAAGUUAGAUAUUUCUGCGGGCCAAGGCUAAUUAGUGUUAGCACAAUGAUUGGUAGUCUACAUGUACGCUAGCAUACGCUUAAUUGCUAGAAUCUGUCAGUGUCCCUUUACCCUUGUGUAAAAGGAAAUCAUUGAUUAGAUUGUAGGACAGUUGGAAGAAAUGCUUGGAUCUUUAGUUCCUGUGUGGAGAAUCUGGGUUUAGUUAGAGCAUUCCUGAUCAAACCUGGGCUAUAAUACAGUAUAUUAAUGUUGUUGAAUAUCCAGCUAGAUGUCAAGUGUAGUAAUAUGGUUGUUUAGUAGUCUAGACAAUUUCAUAGUACCGUAUCAACUAAGUAACUUUGUGGUGGAAAUAUAGUAUGUUCAACGGGUAUAUUUUUGCGGGAUUAAGAUGACGUAACAGAAUUAACAAAUAAAUGGUGGCGAGGUAUUAGAUUUAAAACUUCAGGGUGCACUGUUCCAUUUCUCCACCGGGUGGCAACAUUUAUUCAGCUAGAAGUUAGAACAACUAUUACACAUUUUCAGUGUGUUUGUGUCAGAGUUUGAAUAUAGUUGUCAAAACCACCCAUCAAUAUUGUCCCGGCUGACUUUAAUAUGGCUUCGCCAUGUAGCUUGGUCACCUUUUCCUCAGUCAGUAUUGCAUGUCUACCAAACCACUCUAGUUGGUAGUUCCCUCUGAAUGAAAUCAGUGGAUAUUUAUGCAAUGAAGACAUGAAUCUCCUCCUCAGACUGAUAUGAAACUUGUUUUUUUAAUAUUUUUUUUAAAUGCUUUUUUUUGUAAUGUAUCCGCAUAGCCUGGUCCCAGCUCUGUUUGUGCGGUCUUGUUUAGGGUGACUGGCCAUAGGAUUUGGAUAACACACAGAUAUGGAACCGGGCUAGGCUCCUCAUACAUUUUAUUGCAAAUGUAUGUCUAUAGACGAUCAGAUGCACUGCAGCACAGUGUUAUGGCCAUACAGUAAACACUACUACAUUAUGCCAUGGCUUUCAACUGUAAAUACCAGGGUUGGAGUCAGUUCCUUCUCAAUCGACUGAAUUGAAAUGGACUUAACCCCAAUUCCAGUAGAUACUGGUUCAUCUGUACUGUACCUACGCACACAUAGUAAAUGGUUAUUCCACUAGUCACGAUAUUUGUGUGUCCAUAAUUGAAUAAAAUACCAUAUUUCAUGAGCAAGUUGGCACCAUUGUAAACUCUCGCUAUAAAAGGAGGUACCCUCUUCAUUGCAUCUUGGAGUCUGGCCUGGAAUUGGGUGGGGGUACCACCUUUCUUUAAAAAAAAAAUGUAUUGGAAAUGUUUGUACUGUUUCUAUAAUGUGCAUGAUAUAAACCAAGUCACAAUUUACUAUGAGCUUAGAGUAAGUUAUCCAGCAGUAGCUAGCUUUAUUUUAUCAUCGCCAUUUAGCUUUUCCCCAUUUAGUUGUUUUCUGAUCCUUUUGGUGGGGAGGGCAAGGAAAUGUGACUAGAACAAAUGAACCUAUAGCCCAGCCUUUAUGUGCUGACAGAAACAUGCAAGGCUUGGAAUUGAAGUAGAAAAGGCAGUGGUCUUUAGCGUUUGUCAUCGGCUUCAGCUUUGACGAUCCGCUAUCAAGAUAUUUUCAUGCAAUAACUUUCAUAUGAAAUAUCUAGGUUAGCUUAGGCAUGUCAUUGUGUUUAUAUAUUAAAUAUCUCUAGGUUAGCUUAGGCAUGUCAUGGAAUUUGGUCUUGGCAGCACAUUAAAGGCACAACACUGAAGACAAUCUGUCGCUACACUCCAUGAAUGUUUUCAUGUUAAUGUGUGUCCAUGUCCAGUACCCAUGUAGUUGUCAGUAUUGGUGCUCACUACUUGUUUUUCCCCUCCAUUUUGAGUUGGAAUAUGUUCUGUCACACCUGGACUAUGUAAGACAUUUACUAAGGUAUAGAAUAAAGUGAUUGGAAUGUGA